AUGGCCCCAAAGAGAAAACAAACGUCUGAAAAGAGUUCAUCAUCAACGUCCAACAACAAAAAACAAACCAAGAAAGUCAAUCACGAUGAAGAGGAAGAACCGAACCAGCCUCUUUCAUGGUUGGAAAAAUUGAACGAAGACGAGUUCUAUAUGUUGAUUCAAUUCUUGGAUGCCUCUUCAUUCCGAACACUCCCUCUUCUAAGUAGACAUGUUCAGAGAAUGUUUUCUUCUUGUUUGACCCGAUUGUUGGAUUAUGAUGAAUUUGAGAAGGUGAUGCGAACAAAGAGAGUGGAUCCAAGAAUUUCCAUGUAUUUGAUGGCAGGAGAAACCAUGAUGAAUGGUGCUUUUGUAAAGUCGUACAGAAAGGGUCGUCAGAGUUUGAACAUUGAAAUUUUCUUCAAAGCUUUGGAUCGGUUUCCUGGUGGUAAUAGCGACCAAUUUAUUUUGAAAUGGAACUUAACAUUUGAGGCCAACAAGAAGCCAUCUCUUAAGAAGGGAUCGCUCCAUAAUUGGGACGGAAUGAUUGGUGGAAACAAAAUGGCACCUCUAAAAACCAUUCGUUCCAACCUCAAUGAUUUCCUUAAAUCUGUGAUGGCCCUCUCAUUUGAAGAACCCAACAAAAGAGGCAAAUACUAUUGCACGGUCACAGAUAACCGAAGAGACCGUGAAGAAUAUGACACGAAAUGGUCAAAAGUCGAAGUGAAGGUCCAUUCUGGUGAUGAACUGGUCAUUGAUUUUGUUCAGCAAGUGAUUUAUCCCCAAUGUCGUAACUCUUCAAAGUACAAUGCACAGGAUGAGGUUGUCCCAACACCAGCCAUGACCAACAUGCUCAAGGAGUUAUGUACUUUUUGUGGCGUUACCACCCCAGAGCAAGAGAGUGAAAACAAAACCAUUUCCUCUAAGGAGAAUCCUGGAAGAGAGCUAAAGCUUGGAGAAGGUUACACGUCACUUUUGGCUUUUCUUUCUAAAUUAGAGCAAUAA